UUAUGCGUCAAACACCGACAUGGCCGAUGAUACCGGCUGAUCCACGGUUAAGCUCUCUGGGGCCCCGCACCGUUGAUUGUGGCUCAUUGAUCGAGAUAAGGCAGUGGCUUUCAGGGGCUCUCGCACAAAGAUAUUGCCACCAAUUCAACCAAAGAGACUUUCGCCGCCUAGACUCACCUUAGUGAGUCAUGUCCCUAGCCUCCGGGCAUGAAGAUCUGCUCGCACAACCAACACGCGACAG